AACACAGGAAAGAAUGAACAGUAUAAGCACAGCAUGUCAACAUCUCAAAGAACAGUAUGAUGCAUGUUUCAACAAAUGGUUUUCAGAAAAAUUCCUAAAAGGAAACACAAAAGACGAAUGUGCUCCACUAUUUGAAGUUUACCAAGACUGUGUCAAAAAAGCAAUUAAGGAACACAAAAUUGAUCUUUGGGAACUAGAAAAACCAAUGCUAGGAACAGAUCAUGAGAAAAAGGAUCCAAGCUGAUGUCAUCGAAUUUGAAUUCUAAAUGAAACAAGACAUGCUUAAAUAUCCUAAAAGUCCUUUUUCCUUAGAUACUGAAAGAAAUUUAGGAUUUGAAACUAAAUAUUAUACUAUCAUUUCAAGUUUGAGAAACGAUCACUGUAUUUUGUUGGAACACUUGUGAAGAAAAAUUAAAGGAUAUUCACCACACUGCA